CUUUACUUCUAUAUAACCAGCAACAAAACUAUGAUGUUGUACUAAUCCUCUAAGUUAAUCAACUUAUUAGGGCUCACAUUUGUAACUUAUUUUAAAAAGUUUUGUCCGAGUGAAGAAUAGAAAGAGGAGAGAAAGAAUGUCAAUCGUUUAUAUUACUCUCAGAAAUGCUGUUACUUCAACACUACUAGGCGCCAUUAUGUUUCUGCAUGUGGCUUCUGGGUUUCCGGCCACUCUCACUCUCACUCUAGAAAGAGCUUUUCCGAUGAACCACAGAAUUGAGUUGAGUCAACUCAGAGAUAGAGAUAGUUUCAGACACGGGAGGAUGUUUCAGAAGGAUAAUUCUCCAAGAGGUGUUAUCGGAUUUGGUCUUAAAGGAAGUUAUGAUCCUCAUGUGGCUGGGUUGUAUUUCACAAAAAUCAAAUUGGGAUCUCCUCCAAAAGAUUAUUAUGUACAAAUUGACACAGGAAGUGAUGUAUUAUGGGUCGGUUGCAAGCCUUGCAUUGAUUGCCCUACAUCAAGCAAGUUUAAUAUUCCUAUUACAUUGUAUGACCCUUCAAGCUCAUCAACAUCUUCUCCUAUCUCAUGUUCAAACAAAAUAUGUUCUCUAGCGGGUCAAACUUAUAAUUCCAGCUCAUGUUCACAUAAUCAGUGCACUUACACAAUUUACUAUGGAGACGGUAGUGCAACAUUAGGUCAUUAUGUAUCUGACUUAAUUCAUUUAGAGAUAUUUCUUACAGAUACAAAAUCAUUAAAUGUUUCCGCUUCUGUGGUAUUUGGGUGUAGCACAAUGGAAACUGGGAUCUUAGCUACAUCUGAUGGAGCAGUUGAUGGGGUUUUGGGAUUGGGGCGACAAGGUUUAUCUGUCAUAUCCCAACUUUCUUCGCAAGGGAUUGCUCCAAAUUCAUUCGCACAUUGUCUUGCUGAUGGAGGUGGGAUUUUGGUUAUAGGUCAGCCAACGGUGCCACAUAUCAUUUUUACUCCACUUGUCAAAUCACAGGGGUAUUAUAGUACACAUUUGCAUAGUAUUUUGAUCAAUGGUAAAAAAUUAUCCAUUGAUCCAUCAGUAUUUGCAAUAAAUAAUGAUAAAGCUGGAACAAUAAUUGAUUCGGGAACAACUCUGGCAUACCUUACUGAAGAGGCUUACACCCCUUUUGUAGAUGCUAUCACAAAGUCGGUUUCGUUGUCCGUACAACAACGUACAUCAAAUGGAAAUCCUUGUUAUUCAAUUACUUCCAGUGUCUCUAAUAUAUUUCCCAUCGUAAGUUUGAACUUUGUCGGGGGUGCUUCAAUGCAUUUAAGACCUCAAGACUACCUUUCUCUCCAAAGCUCCAAGAGUGGGGCUGAGGUGUGGUGCAUGGGCUUUCAGAUGAGUCCCGAGAAAGGAAUUACUAUUUUAGGAGACCUUGUUCUUAAAAACAAGUUUAUUGUUUACGAUUUGGAUGCUCAACAGAUCGGAUGGGCAGACUAUGACUGUUUUUCAAUUGUAGAAGUCUCCUCCAACUCAAGUAGCAGUAGCGGUGAAGUUGUAAACCCCAAUCAGAUUAGUGGUGGCAGAUCAUUGUGGAUUAGAAGUCACCAACAAAUUCCAGUCAUUGUUAUUGCCUCCAUAGCACAACUGACGAUGAUGUUUCUUGGUUUUCAAGCUAUUCAUAUGUCCCUUUAAUUUAAUAUGUAUGCUUUAAUUUUACAAGCUAGUGGAUAUAAAAUAACAUUGUAAUUGAAUUCAUAAAAACAAAUACAUGUUCAUGUAAAUGAAAAAUCCAAC